AUGGAAAGAAAAUUUGCUGCUCAGCCCGAAUUCAAAGAUUUAUACUCUGAAUUUAUGGAUGACUACAUCAAAUCAGGUCACAUGAGUGCAUAUGAGGGUCACUCAUACCCCAAGGCGUCUGAGAUUCUAACUAAAUCAAUAUUUUAUGACGACAUCAUCGCUGGAGCAGAAAGUCUUGAUGAAGCUUUGUCUGCACAGAAUGAACUCAAGAACUUGCUCACUAGAGGAGGUUUUGAACUCCGAAAAUGGAUUAGCAACGCACCCCAACUAUUGGACCAAGUCCCAAUUGAACACAAAGAGACUCCAGUGGAGUUAACUGAAAAUAGUGAAGCCUUCUUCAGUGUCCUAGGUCUAAAAUGGACUCCAGAGUCUGACAUGCUUUCUUACAAGGUUAAGGAUGUUGAAAUAAGUGCUAUACUUACAAAGAGAAGAAUAUUAUCUACAAUCGCUAAACUGUACGAUUUACCAGGAUUUCUUACACCCGUAAUUUUCUGGGCAAAAACACUUAUUCAGUAUCUCUGGACAACAGGGCUAACUUGGGAUGAACCUGUUCCAAAUGAUGUUAGAACCAAGUGGCAUUCAUUCUUAGAAGAACUCCCAAUAAUUCAAGAAUUAAGAAUUCCACGCUACAUUUCUACUUCUCUGCAUACGGCUGUGCAACUCCACGGCUUCAGCGAUGCUUCAGAGAAAGGCUACGCUGCUGUUGUCUACCUUCGUGUCACUGACUCUCAAGAGAAUACAAGGCUCUAUCUCAUCGUCUCUAAAUCAAAAGUCGCUCCUUUGAAAAGAAUUUCUCUGCCACGGCUUGAACUUUGUGGCGCUCACUUACUGGGAAAACUCCUUCAAUAUUCUUCAAACAUACUCUCUGCUCAUAUGAAGAUUGAAUCAAUCUAUGCUUGGUGUGACUCCACAAUUGUCCUAACCUGGAUACGUACUCUUCCAUACCGCUUGAAAGUCUUCAUUGCCAAUCGUAUUUCAGAACUCCAAGAAUUGGUCUCUCCUCACUCAUGGAAUUAUGUCAAAUCUCAAGACAACCCGGCCGAUUGCGCCACUCGUGGUCUUUCACCCUCUCAACUUGUGACUCAUCAUUUAUGGUGGAAUGGACCGGAAUGGUUACAGUCAUCGUCAGAUUCUUGGCCUAAGCCAAAAUUCACACCUGUUAUUGAUGAUGACACUCUUUAA